CUUAACCAACCUCUUCGCUGCUUGAAGCACGAAAGCACAAGCGCCAGUCUAUCUCACUUCUCUCUUUCUCCCUUAUAUCGUCAGUAGAUGAUGCCCAAGCAAGAGACAGAGAAUCCUGACACGCCCGUUAUGCUGGGCGCUGAUAUGGACCACCAAAGUGCCGGCUUUUCGUGCACACUGAAGAAACAAAUCCAAGGAGUCAAUGAGUAUUCGCUUGUGGGAAGUAGCUUCCAACACGAGCACGAGCCUACAGUAUAGGAUGAGGAACGAUGGCAGCGACUGAGCACGUGAACGAUGAGCCUACACAUCCAAAGAAAGUGCUGCCCGUCACUCUGCUAUCUGUGUUUCUGGGAAGUGGCAGGACUACUCUGCUCCAACACCUUCUCCGACGCAAUCAUGGACUCAGGAUCGCCGUCGUCCUAAAUGACAUUGGAGCCAUCGAUGGCGACGCUUCUCUUAUCUGCAACACGCAUCGCCUCACCAAGACCCAAGCGAAACUCGUGCGCUUGUUAGAGCUAGCAACGUUCGACUAUGUCAUCGUUGAGAGCAGCGGCAUCAGCGAGCCUGAGCAGGUCGCCGAAACGUUCGAUAAGCGGCUUGCGGAUCAGAUCGCUGCCAUGGGUGAGGGUCGAGACGGUCUCGACAAAAGCAUCUUAGCGACACUAAAGCGUGCGAAGGAUGUCGGAGCGUUGGACAAGUUCACUCGGCUUGAAAUUACAUGCACAGUCAUCGAUCUCUUCACCAUGUUCCUCGACUUCGAGACAACGGACGUGUUGUCCUUUCGGCGAGACGAUGUGACGGCGGAGGACGAGCGUACCGUCUCGGAUUUGAUGGUAGACCAAAUCGAGUUCGCGGACGUUAUUGUCAUGAACAACGUUGAUGUUGACGCGAAGACAUUGUCCCGUUUUAUCGAUUUGGUCACGAAAAUGAACCAUCGCGCCAAUGUUCUGCAGUCAUCGUACGGAAUAAUCGACGUAAAGGCGAUACUCAAUACCGGCAUGUUUGAUGUCGAACGCACGCAGAUGGGCUAUGGAUACAAUGUCCGCAGCUUUGUCUACGUGCGACACAGGAGGUUCCAUUCCCAACGAUUGUUCGCGCUUCUGCACGACAAGUCCAUUCUGCAGCAUCCGCUUGUGAAAGUCGAUGAUGAAAAAGACGGGCCAGAAGCGGAGGGCGAGGACGACGAGAUGGGAGAUUGGGUGGAGGUUGAUGACGAAGAAGACGACGACGAAGACAAAGCAGCCUCAAGCAGCGCCACAAGCAUCUGCCCAGUUAACGACGUUGAGAUGAAAAAGGAUCCAUUGGACGUUCCGGAAGCUGCCGGCGAAUACUGGCUUGCCAACCGCCCGGACCGUGCAGGGGAGUGGUCGCGGGCAGGCGCAAUGCCGACGCUCGCCGGAGGUCGGCCAUGGUUCUGCACGAUCUCGCGGUCCGAGUGGGAAAGCGGCAAUGCCGAUAUUGAUAUGCCAUGUGCGAUUGAGGCAGUCUUGGAUGAGUACCUUUUGAACGAUGAAGAAUGGGCGGAGUGGCAGAAGGGCAUGAACAAAUCUAUUCAUAUGUUUGAUGACGGAGUCCCAGAUUGGGACGAGCCUGAAGGAGAUGCGCACAACCACUCGGAGCAUACGCAUCCGCAUUGA